GAGCUGUCCCGGUCGCUGGGGAGGAGGCUGCGGUGUGAGGGCGUCCUCAACAGUCGACUCAAGGACAUGUUUGGGGAUGGCAGGGAGAAGAAGGCCAAGAGGAUCGACCAGAGACACUGUGACAAGCUGCACCCGAUCAUUCUGGAGCUCCUGGAGGUCAUCGCAGAGCCA